CCGGGAAGCCCGGCCCCCCGCGCCCCCCGGCCCGGCCCGGCGCCCCGGACCUGAGCGCGCCCCCAUGGAGGCGCCCGGGCUGGCCAAGGCGGCCGCGGCGGACGCCGACUCCCGAGAGAGCUCGGGGGAGACCCCCGACGGCGCGCCCGCGCACUUCCCCGGCCCCGGGGCGCCCUCGCCGGAGCCGCCCGCCUACCGCUCGCAGGACUUCGACACGCUGGCCACCGUGGGUACAGGGACGUUCGGCCGCGUGCAGCUGGUCCGCGAGAAGAAGAGCACCCGCUUCUUCGCCCUGAAGGUCAUGCGCAUCCCGGAUGUCAUCCGCCUGAAGCAGGAGCAGCACGUGCACAACGAGAAGUCCGUGCUGAAGGAAGUCAGCCACGCCUUCCUGGUCAAGCUGUUCUGGACGGGGCACGAUGACCGCUUCCUGUACAUGCUGAUGGAGUUCGUGCCGGGUGGUGAGCUCUUCAGCUACCUGCGCAACCAGGGCCGCUUCUCCAGCUCCACUGGGCUCUUUUACUCUGCGGAGAUCGUCUGUGCGAUCGAGUACCUGCACUCCAAGGAGAUCGUCUACAGGGACCUGAAGCCGGAGAACAUCCUGCUGGAUAGAGACGGUCACAUCAAGCUCACUGACUUCGGGUUCGCCAAGAAACUGGUGGACAAGACGUGGACCCUUUGCGGGACCCCCGAGUACCUGGCCCCCGAAGUCAUCCAGAGCAAGGGCCACGGGAGAGCCGUGGAUUGGUGGGCCCUCGGCAUCCUGAUAUUUGAGAUGCUCUCAGGGUUUCCUCCGUUUUUUGAUGACAACGCAUUUGGCAUUUACCAAAAAAUUCUUGCAGGCAAGAUAGAUUUCCCCAGACAUUUGGACUUCAGUGUCAAAGACCUCAUUAAGAAAUUGCUUGUUGUCGACAGAACAAGGAGAUUGGGAAACAUGAAGAAUGGAGCAGAAGACGUGAAACGGCAUCGGUGGUUCCGGACCACAGACUGGGAGGCUGUCCCAGAAAGGAAACUGAAGCCUCCCAUCGUGCCCAAAGUGUGCAGCGAGGGCGACACCUCCAACUUCGAAGCUUACCCCGAGAACGACUGGAGCGUGGCCCCUCCCGUGUCACAGAAAGAUCUGGAAGUCUUCAAGAACUUCUGAGCGUGGGCUCCCCACCUGGAAGCAACAGGGUGAUUUGAGCCUGCCUGGGACAGAUGGCUGUCCCCAGGCAGACCUGAAGAAGCAUCUUCUUAACGGGAUAAGGACUUUUCCACAUCUAUAUACACCCGGAUGUAUACAAAGAGAUUGCAGAGCCAUUGACGUUUGUGGACCUAGAAUUAUUUAAGCAACUGGAAAUCGACUGCACAGUAGGACAUUUUGAAAAAUUGUUUGGUUGUAGAUUUUAUCUUCUUUUUAGGCUUGUGUUCCUACUGGGAUAUCCUGGGGGUUUUUUUCUCGUAGACUUUAUAAGUUUGAGCUGAACUUGUUCAGAUACAACCACAGAUUCUGUGUUUGUGCCUGUGCGUGUGUGUGUGUGUGUGUGUGUAUAAAAAGGACGGUGUGCCUGGAGCAGGGAAAUUGUGCAGUGAAGUAAAUGUUCCUACUUUCCAGAGCCUAUGGUGUUUAUGUUUCAGAUUUUUUUUUCAAGAAUCUAUUCUCUUGGGGACAAAUUUUAAAAGUAUGACAUGUGCAUUUUUUAUCAUCUCAUAUGCAUUUUAUGGUUAUAUGUGAAGAAAAUAUCAUACGACGGUCUAUAUCCAAUGUCUUCAAUGCUUUGUGUCUGGUAGCCUUGGGUCAUGAAUCCAGGAUGACAGGGAAGGAGAUGUGGGUUUGAACUUUAGUGCAAGACUAGCCAUUGACCAUGAAUGUUAUUCAAGGAAUUUUCUCUAUUGCAUUAAAAAAUUUCAUACUCUGUAGGGGGAUGGCUAUCUAUUAAUAUUCCAGGUUAAAUCCGUGGACCAAAACGCAUCUCCCAAAGCAAACUAGUAGCUUUCUGUAUUGGCUCAAUGAACUUAUGCAAAUGUUUUCUUUUCCCUUUGGUUUUAGGAAAAGUAAGAAACGAAAAGGUACGAUGGAAGUGUUUGAACCUCCCUCGUUUCCGCUUAGUUUCACUUCUUCCUGUCAAUGUUCAGUCCAUCUGGUUUCAUAGACCAGGUCGGCUUGUGCAGAAUAACCAUUGCGUGAGAUUCGUUUCUCUUUGGACGUGAGGGUGAGGGUCCCCGAGGCGUGCUCUGCUGUGCCUUCCCCUUAGCACUGAUCGUGAAAGCCAGGUGUUGAGUGGGUCGCCACGAGUGUUGCUGUUUAAACAUGGGUCUUCCCAGAAGCAGUGCCUGGGCAGAGGUCCUUGGUGUCUGUCUCGUCCCUCAUGCAUUUCCUUCUCUACUCUCUGCUUCUGCUUUCUGAUUCUAAACUUUGCCGUGAAAACCUAAAGGCGCCGCCCAUAUUCUGUUGGCUGUGACUCAGCUGGAAACACAGCAUUGCUCAAACUUGUUAUGCAUCCGAUCAUAGGGCCCAACCAUGGCCUUCUCCACGGAGGUCUGUGCAUUUAAGAAGUAGGUUCCAGAGCCUUCAGUGGCUGCAGGGAUGUACCCAGUAGAUCUCCGAGAUCUCCUCUCCUGCAUCCUCCCUUUUCCUGCCAAGAAAGGUCCAGCUCCUUGGGCAGCCGGCAUGGGGCAGAGUAUGCCCCACAGGUGUGUUGGUGUCAAGUGCUGGGUGCCCCCCGAGCUCUCAGCCCCCUCCCAGGCCUCUGCAGCUUACGUGUUCUUGGGUUACCUGGCAGGUUCUUUGCCAUCAACACUUUUUCCUGUGCUGGGCCAGGAAGGCUUUUCUUCCUAUAGCCCUUGCCUACCUCUCUCUUCUGCAGGCACAUCUGGGGGUGUGGAGAGCUGCCAUUUGCAAAAAAUCAUACAUUUUUUUUUACCGUAGCAAAAAUGUCAAAGGAGAUGUAGUCACCUAUCAGAUUUGGCCAGUUUCCCCUCACGAAUCCAAAGACAAGGGCUGUGUCUAUUUGAAGGUGACAUGAAGGCAACUUACACCUAUAAAAGCUUUAAAUUGAAGGCACUAAAUCACCGCCUUCUCAUAAAUGACCUCGUCUUCAAAUAGAAACCAACUCCAUAGGUGAGAGUGAGUCCAAAAUUUAGUAAAAUAAACCCUUGACAAUGAGUAGCUCAAUAAAAAUUUAUUUUCCAAGGGUGCGCUUGGAUAAAUGUUCCCACAGAACUGUAUUUUCAGUCUGUACUUUGCAGGCACCGUGCUCUUUGGAUGAAGCCAUGGGCCAACGGGCUAAAAUUUUACCACGUAAUUCCUGCACUGUUUCAUCGUUGAAUGUCAGAAGGUUAAAUCAGCAAAGCAAACCUGCACGGAGAUGUAGACCCACGAGGAAAAACAUGUCUCGUGUCUUCUGACUAUAAAAAUAAACAAUUAUUAUUUGGAGCCUUAUGCUUAAAAAAAUACAAAAUAAAUGAAACACCUUUCCGGAACACAGUGCAAAAUUGUACAUACACACGCUCCCUAUGCAUAUUUUUUUGGGUUCGCUCUUCAUGUCCAGGAUUUAAUUUAUGAGACGAAAAUAGUACAAGAAUGCAUGAAAACACAUUGCCUUAAUUUUGAACAAAUAUGCAGGGAAAACAAAAGUUCAAAUGCGUUGAUGAUUUGGUUCUUUAAAAACGUUGUCAUUGACCAUCAGCCGUGCAAAACCUUGAAAAUGAAGAGGAAUUCCAGGAGUACCAGAUGGUGUUUGUCUCACCUUCCAGACCCUCAUGCCCAUUUAAUUAUACAAAGCGCUACCUGCUGGUGGCCAGGGCAUAAAUUAAAUGGUCUGACGUAAUGCAAAGAUGGGUGUGAUCAAAAUGAGUCUUAAGCACAUGGCACGCACGCUCCCUAUGUAUGACCGAAAACUAGUUCACUCCCUGGAGGCCUUCUGCCAUGUUCACGUAUCGGAUCAGAAAUAAUCAGGGUGCAGAGUUUUGAGGGAAAUUCAUAUCCAUCAGCACAGCCUUCAGAGCCGGAAAAGCACAGAUUUAUUUUUGUUUUCUGCAAUUUGACAAGUUGGUAAAUGACAAUGCUAUUUAAAAAGUCUUCAGGAAACACAUGUAUUGCAAGAGGUGGAUUGAGGUGGGUCUUGUUUUCCUAAGGGGAUUGUCGCCAGCCUGCUUUGAUAGGCAUCUGUGAAGCUGAGAAGGAGAUAAAAUCACAGCUGAUCAUACGGCAUAAUGUUCAUGGUCACAGAAGUUGGAAUCCCACUCAGCAGAAAUGUAUCGUUUGCCAGCAAUGGAAAAGUCGUGAUUUAUGCUCUCCACAUGUCACAAUAUGCAAAAGAAACUCCAGUAACCAGGUAACAGGUGUCCAUGUCACACCAUCACGUUGCUUUAAAACGCCACCUCCUGUUCCUUCUCCUGGGGCAGCUGCACCAUCAGCUGUUUAUAAAUGUCCUGUGCAGUGUUUGGUUUCCUUCUGUCCGUCUCUACGUCGGGACUAACCUGCUGCCAGCCAUGGCGUCACCAGUAGCGCUGAGCAGUUGAGUGACAUGACACACAUUUGCCCUUUCUACGUACAACCUAAGUUGCCUCUCAAUUUGGAACCACUGUAACUGUGAAAUACAGCUCCAUCAUGUUCACGCGAGACCCCGACCCGCCGCCCUGUAGGCACCGAGGGCCGCCCACCCAGGUGAACUCUGCAGGCUGCACCCAAUCCCAUCAGAGCAUGAAAAUCCUCGCGUUAGCUGCAGGUGCAGGAGAGAUUGGAUUUUUUUUUCCAGCCCUUUGAUUUUGCAUCACGAAAUUUACACCAUCACAGAAGCCCUUGAUGGCUCCCAAUUAAGAUUUGAAGUGAGAUGCCUGCAUUAUUCUUUUUCCAGGGGUCCGUCUCCCUGGCGUGUGUUUUACACCUGUUGGGCACAUCCUACGUACUGUAUGUACCCUCUAUCCCUGUUUCUGACUCAUUAGUUCAACUUCCGUGGAUGUUGUUGAGUUACCAAAAGCAAAGAGAAAAGCACAUGCACAGUUGUCUUAAUAUAUUUGAGUAGUGGUGUGUGUGUGUCUGUCUGUCUGUCUGUCUUGUUGGAGGUGGAAUGGGGGGGGAUGCUUUCACCAAGCAUAAUGUUUUCACAUCAAGCUUGUUUUUGCAGACCCUGUGGGGUUGCAUCCAAGGAGCAGUGCUUCAUAAUCAAAAGGAAAUACUCUGUAACAGUUUCCUCUAAAUUAUUGUGUCUUCAGAUGUUCUGUUGAUCUUCCACGGUGGACUCCUCCGUUAUUUAAGUAAAAGUCAUUACAUGUUUGCUUUUGCAACUGGGAUUUGAAGCCUUUGUGCUCGCAGGCCGUCUUUCCUGGUUCCCUGUGAUGCUUUUCCACCUCUGCAGGACGGUCAGAGCUUCCUUCUUUCUUGUGGGAUGAAGUGCCUGGGCCAGUGUGGCACGUCCCCAAUGAGUCACACUCGGAGCCCCGCCGGGCCAUCGCAGCUUCUCAUGUGGAUUAAAAAACCCUGUCAAUUCCUUGCACAAUGAAAAUCACUGUGAUUUGUAUAUAUACCCUAGGAAAAUUUUACUGCUGUCUAAUUUAUGGAAUAAUACUAUUGAUUCUAGGUUUGUUUAAUAAAACUUUGUAUCUUUUAAGAUGAA